CCGUUUUUCGGCGGCCAGUGACCAAUUAUAGCGGGCGGGGGGCGGUGUUUGGGGCUAUUCCAGUCUCCGGCCGACUGCGCUGGUUUGCCCACACUGCCGGUUGACAAUAUUAGUGGAAGCUGCAAGAAUGCAGUAGACCCGUCCUCUGCUCGGAUUAGUGUGAAAGAGUUGGCUAUAAAAAGACUGGCUUACAUAAUAGCUAGUGUGGCUCUUAGCGCGGUUGUAAACGCACUGGCGAAAAAACAGCGGCAGUCACACAAUUUAUAGACUAGGGGUGGUGGGUUGCUCGCAACCAGCUAACCUGCAGCGGUGAAUAGAGGUAAAGAAAGGAAAAGAAAGGGACUGGAAGUGACAGAGGACACAAGAAAUAAACUAAGUGACUCGUUCGAAUAUGUCUGUGGUAGGUUUUGAUGUGGGGUUUCAGAACUGUUACAUCGCUGUUGCCAGGAGCGGCGGCAUUGAAACCAUUGCUAAUGAGUACAGUGACAGAUGCACUCCGGCAUGUGUUUCUCUGGCAUCUAAAAACCGAACUAUAGGAAAUGCUGCAAAGAGUCAGAUGGUAACAAAUUUUAAAAACACAUUACAUGGCUUUAAGAAGUUCCAUGGUCGAGCAUUUGAUGACCCCUUUGUUCAAGGGGAGAGAGCCAAGUUGCCCUACAGCCUUCACAAGUUGGCUAAUGGCAACACUGGAAUAAAGGUUCGGUACCUGGAUGAGGACAAGGUGUUUACUAUGGAGCAGGUGACAGCCAUGUUACUCACCAAACUGAAAGAGACUUCUGAGAGUGCUCUAAAGAAGCCUGUGGUGGACUGUGUGAUUUCUGUUCCCAGCUUCUUUACUGAUGCGGAGCGAAGGUCUCUGAUGGACGCCUGUCAGAUUGCUGGACUAAACUGCUUAAGACUGAUUAAUGAUACAACAGCGGUUGCCUUGGCUUAUGGCAUCUAUAAGCAGGAUCUGCCAAACGCAGAAGAAAAGCCCCGUAAUGUAGUGUUUGUGGACAUUGGUCACUCAUCUUAUCAAGUCUCUGUUGUCUCGUUUAACAAGGGGAAGCUGAAGGUUUUGGCAACAUCAUUCGACCCGUACUUGGGUGGGCGAAACUUUGACGAAGUGUUGGUAGAGUAUUUUUGUGAAGAGUUUAAGGCCCGAUACAAGUUAAAUGUGAAGGAGAACCCUCGGGCACUGCUGAGGCUCUACCAAGAGUGUGAGAAGCUGAAGAAGCUCAUGAGUGCAAACUCUUCUGACCUGCCACUCAACAUUGAGUGCUUCAUGAACGACAUUGAUGUCACAGGGAAGAUGAAUAGGGGGCAUUUUGAAGAGAUGUGUGCCCAUUUUCUGAUGAGAGUGGAGGCACCACUGAAAGCAGUUUUGGAACAGUCAAAGCUCAGCAGAGAUGAGGUCUAUGCUGUUGAGGCUGUUGGUGGAGCUACCAGGAUUCCAGUGAUUAAAGAGAGAAUCUCCAAGUUCUUCGGUAAAGACAUAAGUACCACGCUGAAUGCGGAUGAGGCAGUGGCACGCGGAUGUGCGCUACAGUGUGCAAUCUUGUCCCCAGCUUUCAAGGUCCGUGAGUUCUCUAUCACUGAUUUGGUCCCAUUUCCAAUCACUCUUCGCUGGAAGUCUCCCACAGAUGAGGGUGUUGGUGAAUGUGAGGUUUACAGCAAGAAUCAUGCAGCACCUUUCUCCAAAGUCAUCACUUUCCACAAGAAAGAGCCGUUUGACCUGGAAGCGUUUUACAGUUCUCCAUCAGACCUGCCAUACCCAGACUGUAGAAUAGGCCGCUUUACUGUCCAGAAUGUUGUGCCUCAGCCUGAUGGAGAUAGUUCAAAGGUCAAGGUGAAAGUGCGUGUGAAUGUGCACGGCAUCUUCAACGUAUCCAGUGCCUCUCUGAUCGAGAAGCAGAAAGGUGAAUCUGAGGAUGUGCAGAUGGAGAUGGAGCCCACAGUUCAGAAUGACAACCGGCCGGAGGAGCAGGCUAAGAUGCAGGUGGAUCAGGAAGGCCAAGGUGAACAGCCCAGUGAAGAGGGGAAAGCAUCAGGUUCUAAUAACAAGGAUGGUGCCUCCUCUGAAAAGCAGGAACAGGGGGCAGGCAGCAGCAAACCCAAGACAAAGGUGAAGAGUGUUGAUCUACCAAUCCUAUCCAGCACCCUCAGACAGGUGGACAGAGAGCUACUGAACAGCUUGGUGGAAGAGGAGAGGAAAAUGAUAGAACAGGACAAGCUGGAGAAGGAGAGGAAUGAUGCGAAGAACGCGGUGGAGGAGUAUGUGUAUGAUCUGCGAGACAAGCUGUGUGGAAUCUAUGAAAAAUACAUCUCUGAAGAUGAGAAUAACAGACUCUCUCUAAUGCUUGAGGAUACAGAGAACUGGCUAUAUGAGGAGGGAGAAGACCAAGAAAAACAGAUCUAUAUAGAUAAACUAUCUGAGCUCAAGACAUUUGGGGAGCCCAUUCAGGAGCGGUACAGAGAGCACGAGGACAGGCCAAGGGCUUUUGAUGAACUGGGCAGGAAGAUCCAGCUCUUCAUGAAAACUGUGGAGGCAUAUAGGCAAAAGGAUGAGAACUACCAGCAUUUGAGUGGUGAGGAGGUGAACACAGUUGAGAAGAGUGUGAAUGAGGCCAUGAGCUGGAUGAACACCAAGAUGAAUGCCCAAAGCAAACUCUCCAUCGCUCAGGAUCCUGUUGUAAAAACAGCAGAUAUCAUUCAAAAGAUUCGGGAACUAGAUGAGAUUUGCAGUCCUGUGGUGAACCGGCCCAAACCCAAAGCGGAAGAGCCAGCAGAGGACAACGGGGCUCACAAUGGCCCUGCAGCAGGACAAGGGGCAGAUGGCAGCCAGCAGACAAAAAACCCUGGAGAAAUGCAGGUGGACUGAACAGCUGCCUCUCCAGCCUUCCUGUCAUUCUCACUGUCACCACCAUUCAACCCUCUCAACUGACUCUGAGCCUGUUAACCAGUACCAUUCUCUGUUUCCACAACUCAGUCGGCUGAAUUUACACGUCUGUUUGUUUGAGUCUGCUCUCCUCUCUGGUUUUCUGUUGUGCUUGAAUGGUCUGGAGUCAGGCUAUCCUCUGAGUGUUAUAGCCGUGUGUGAAAGUAGGUGCAGGGUUAGACAUCCACGAUAGCAUCAUAUAAAUUAGUUGUAGCUUAAGGGUAAAACAAUGCUGCCACUUUCAACAAACCAUACUAUUCCUAAAAUAAUGUGAUGCAUUACUGCAAACUGCAUUCUGAGCAAUCCAAAGCGCUGGUUCUCACAAGGUGACUUGCAUUGCAUAUUAGCCUGUUUUGAGAACAUGAAUAAUUAAAAAAAUCAGCUUGAUCAAUCGUUAAGGUUGAAGCAAUGUGAGCAAAUAUGUAUGCAAUGAUACAUAUAUAUAAAUACAGUAUAUAUUUGUAUUUAAUACACAACUUUCAAAAGGAUGUGUUGACUAGGACAUGUAAAUAUUAUUUUAGUAAUUUGAAUUUAUCAGUAAAUAGGUGUGUAUAUAAGUAUACAGUCCUAGUGGUGAAAUGGCAAUUCUUCUAGCUUCAGGUUGUCAUUUCAAAAUAUAAUAUAAUAAGCUGUUUAAACCCUCUUACCUUUCAUGCAUUUCUCCAUACCAGGUGCUGAGGUUUGGCAAUGGAAUCUAAUAAAAAUAUAAUCAUGAUCAAAA